CAGACAUUCCUCUUUCGCUCACGUGUUUUCUGUGUAUAAAAGGGCUCAGUCUGCUCACAUCAUGACCAGUGUGUCACCAGAUAAACGGCGAAAGAUGGAGUCUGCACUGAACCAGCUGAAGAAGCACACCGUGGUUGUGGCAGACACUGGGGAUUUUAACGCCAUUGACGAGUACAAGCCCCAGGAUGCCACCACUAACCCAUCUCUCAUCCUGGCUGCCGCUAAGAUGCCAGCCUACCAGUCCCUGUUGGACCAGGCCAUUAAAUACGGCAUCGCCAAUGGCGGAACUGAUGAGGAGCAGGUUGCCAACACCAUGGACAAGCUGUUUGUCAGUUUUGGCCUUGAGAUUCUUAAGAAAGUCCCAGGCAGAGUCUCUACUGAGGUGGAUGCCAGACUGUCUUUUGAUAAAGAUGUGAUGGUUGCCAAGGCUCUGAGGCUCAUUGCUCUGUACGAAGAGGCAGGAAUCAGUAAGGAGAGGGUCCUUAUCAAACUGUCAUCAACAUGGGAAGGAAUCCAGGCCGGGAAAGAACUGGAGGAGAAACAUGGUGUCCACUGCAACAUGACACUGCUGUUCUCCUUUGCUCAGGCAGUGGCUUGUGCAGAAGCAAAUGUGACGCUAAUCUCUCCAUUUGUUGGACGCAUCCUUGACUGGCACAAGGAGAAUACAGACCGCAAAAGCUACGAGCCUCAUGAAGACCCAGGUGUGCUGAGUGUGACCAAGAUCUAUAAUUACUACAAAAAGUUUGGCUACAGCACGGUGGUAAUGGGCGCCUCCUUCAGGAACAUCGGGGAAGUGAAAGCACUGGCAGGCUGUGACCUCCUCACCAUCUCCCCCGGUCUGUUGGCAGAACUCAGCCAGGACCACAGCGCUGUCCCAGAGAUGCUCAAUGUGGAGAAAGCGAAGUCUUGUGAUUUGGAGAAGAUUCACCUGGAAGAGAAGGACUUCCGCUGGCAACACAACGAGGACCGCAUGGCUGUGGAGAAACUGUCUGACGGCAUCCGCAAGUUCGCUGCUGAUGCCAUCAAACUGGAAACCAUGAUCAAAGAAAAAAUCCUCAGUGUCAAGAAUGGGCAGUAAUAAAACAAGUUGGACAACCCCAGCAACACUGAUGAAGUAUGAGGACACCGCUUUCACUGUCCCCUACUCGAUGAGCGUGGUUUUCGACCGACAGGAGGUGUCCCUGAAUCUGAAUCUGACCAAACUUCAGGGACCUUCCUCCUCAAUGGGCAUCUUUCCUCUUACGCUGGGACCGACUCAGUUUGUUCUGACCAAACAUAAAUCAUGAUUUAUGCUAAUGUGAGUGUGGAGUUGAUGUAACAAUAUCUAAUACUCACUAAAAACUUGACCAGAAAGGAAAAUUAGUUACUUUGGCAAAAUAAAUGUCUUAAAGAGGCGGGGUUUAAUCUGGAGUGGUAUGAUGUGACUACUGAAAAGGACCACGUUUAGGCA